AUGUCAAACGGAAACCAAGAAGUAAAUUAUACACGGGAAGCUGGAGACGUUCAUCUCUGCGAUCUACCAAAUGCAGACCGUCCAUCCUUUGCACCGUUGCUCGGAUUUGAGGCUGACCUCGAGAUGGAUAUUUAUAAGAUGUCCAUCAUGGAGAUGAAGCGCACCCGCACCCCUAGGAGCUCUAGGAACUCUAUUACUACACAUGUCGCUCGAACCUCUUCGGAGCUGACUAUGACAGUGGAACCGUAUACAUCUCCGGAACAUGCUGGGGACGCCAUUCUUCGCUUCAUCAAUACAUUGUCCGAUCCAACAGAACGUCCAAACAGAUUGCAACUCUUUGGACAAUUCUAUCCUGACAUGGGUACCAAGCGUGCAAGCUUGAUGCGGCUUUUUUAUCUUUAUUGCCCUCAAGCUACCGUUGGCGAAAUUGUACAAGUCCUUGACAAACUCACGGGCGAUAUCUCGGAUUAUCAAAUGUUAACGACCGAUGGGUUCUCCGUACUCAGACCCUUCGCUGACUACGCGGAUGAGGACUCAAUGGCAAACGCUUGUCACUAUAUCUUGACUGGGGAAACGAGGACGAUAGGUUCGGGAGCUAUGAACCUACUACAUCAUAGUAAUCAUGACGCCACAAUUGCAAGAUGCGCUGCUCAGCGUGCAGCUCGACUUCGAGUGCCAGAAGCUCCUGCACCUAUUGCGCAAGCUUCUCUGGCGUCAUCCCUUCCACUUGUGUCUUUACCAGUGUCUGUGUCUGAUGCUCAGCCGUCGUCGUCACCACCCAUUCCUCAGCAUGCAUUGUCUCCGCCACCACCGCAGUCAUUACGCAUUCGUGCGGAUCAAGCUCCUCAUCAACCACCAUUGGCGCGGCCAGAAUUGGUGGAACGUGUAUCUUUGUCGUCACCCCCGCCGCCGCCUCAGCUGGAGCCCAUAUCUUCAAUUCAACCUCCGCAUCAGCCGUCCUUAGCGCAGACGGUAACAGCGGCACCCCAGAAUAUUCCCCAUGUAUCUUCACCACCACCGCCUCAGCCAGUGCCCAUGUCUGCAGUCCAACUGCCAUCAUCAGCACAAACAGUAUUGACAGCACCUCAGCCCACCCCUCAUAUAGUGUCGCCGCCACCGCUGCCGGCGGCUCAGCCUGCGCCCAUAUCUGCAGUUCAACCAUCAGAAUCAUUGGCGCAGACAGUUUCAGCGGUGCCCCAGUCCACCCCUCAUGUAUCAUCGCCACCGCCUCAGCCAGUGCCCAUAUCUGCGAGUCAACCUCCGCAUCAACCAUCCUUAGUGCAGACGGUAUCAGAGGCACAUCAGCACACCCCUCAUAUAGUGUCGCCACUUCCGCCGUCUCAAUCAGUGACCAUGUCUGCAGUUCAGCCAUCAGAGUCAUUGGCACAGACAGUAUCAGUGGCGCCGCAGUCCACCCCUCAUGAAACAUUACCGCCUCAGCCGGUGCCCAUAUCUGUAGUCCAACCUCCGCAUCAACCACCCUUAGUACAGACGGCAUCACAGGCACUUCAGCCCACUCCUCAUGUAUUGUUGUCGUCGUCGCCACCGCCUCAGCCGGUACCCGUGCCUAUGGUUCAACAGUUACAUCAACCCUCUUUGGCGCCGACGGUAUUGGCAACACCUCUGCCCAUAUCUCAUGUAUCGGCACCGCCGUUGUCGCAUCAACCGUUGUCUAUACCUAUGGUUCAACCCCUACCGGUACCUCAGUCACUCUCUGCUCCGCCAGCUGUCGCGACCGUUCCUCCACAACAGCCUCAGCAUGUUCUUCCACCUCAACAACCUCAGAGUAUGCCGCAAGCUCCUUUGCCAAUGUCUACUUCCACAAUCAAUUCUACCACUACUUCGGCAACCCAGCCAACCCAAUACUCGUGGUCAUCCUCCAUCUCAACAUCAACCUCCCACCAAUUACUAUUGGAUCAAGACAACGCUCUCUUUGGCGUUUCUAUGGUCGAGCUGCACAGAAAUUCUGGGACGUUUUCAUAUGAGGGCCAGAUGCAUACGUUCCGCUGGUUUCUUUCAACAGGACCUGCACGACUUGUGACUCCUAUCUAUUCGCAGCAAAUGGAUCCGCAACCUGCAGUUGGGGACAUUUUCUUCCAUAAGACCGCCCCAGAGCAGACUUUUUUCAACUAUCAAGUCUGGUACAAGAAAUCCGAAACCCAAUGGCAGGAUAUCACACGUAGAUAUGCAGUUUAUAGGGACGUUGAACCCAUCACCCAUCCUCUAUGUCAGGCAAGAGUUCUUAGUGCCAAGAGGUCAGAUGGUUCUCCUAACUGGAUCUUGAGAGAGACGUGGUUGAACUACAGAAGGACGAGAGCAUAA